CACGAGCAUGGCUGUCCCUUCGAUCAAGCUCAACGACGGCACCUCGGUCCCUCUCAUCGCCUGGGGCAAUGGCACCGGCGACGCCAAGAAGACGGCGUUCGAGAGCGGCCAGUACGCCGUAAAGGCUGGCCUGCGUCACAUCGACACGGCCCAGGGCUACGAGUCGCUCGUCAAGGCCGAGAAAGACAAUGGCAUCGAGCCCAACUCGAUCUACCUCACGACCAACAGUGACGGCGGCCCCAUCAAGCCUGUCCUCGAGCGCGUUGCCGCUCGCCUCUCGAAGGAGACGGGCGAGGACGUCGACGCCGCCAUGGCGCUCCUCCUGUGGACUCGUGCCAAGAAGGUCGUCGCCGUCACCGCCUCGGGCAACGAGGGCCGCAUCGCCAAGCUCGCCCGCACCCAGGACCUGCCCGACCUCACCGCCGACGAGGUGAGCGAGAUCGAGGAGCUCGGCCGCAAGAUCCACUUCCGUGCCUACGACGAGCACAUGUGCGUCGACUUCCCGGCGCCGGCUCUGCCCAAGGACCUCUAGAGCCUUCUCGCCGAGCCUCUCAAUGUGUAGAAGCAGUACAUAGAUGCCAUUGCAGACGUCCACCCUUG